CGUGGGGUGAGCAAAAGGAGGGGAGGUGGGGAGAGGCGCGCUCCCGGAGGCUUUUGCUAGUCGCGCACGCGCGCCUGGGACUGCCUGCCUUUCUGUGACUUGUCUGUGUGUGUGCGUGUGUGUGGAAAGAGGGAGAAGAGAACGAGAGCGAGCGAGAGAGGGUGAGUGUGUGUGAGUGCAUGUGAGUGUGCUGAACGUACUGAGAAACCCGGACCACAGCAGCAGCACCACUGAAAACUGCAUUCAACCAUUUCUUCUGACUUCUGGAGCUGGGACAACGAUCAGACUAGCACCAGCCACAAGCAGUAGCUGUGACAAGGGGCUCCCCUGCCUCCACUUCAGGUUUUUAGGAGCUCGGUGCUAAAUUGGUCUCUCAAAAUGCAGAGGAUCUAAUUUACUGACGGAAACGACCAAAGAAAGAGGAGGAAAAGAACAAUAACAACAAGAGAAUAUUUUGUGGAUGCUCUACUUUUCUUGGAAAUGCAAAAGAUUAUGCAUAUUUCUGUCUUCCUUUCUCCUGUUUUUUGGGGACUGAUUAUUGGUGUCUCUUCUAACAGCAUACAAAUAGGGGGGUUAUUUCCAAGGGGCGCCGAUCAGGAAUACAGUGCAUUUCGGGUAGGAAUGGUUCAGUUUUCCACUUCAGAGUUUAGACUGACGCCCCAUAUCGACAAUCUGGAGGUAGCCAACAGCUUUGCAGUCACCAAUGCUUUCUGCUCCCAGUUUUCAAGAGGAGUUUAUGCUAUUUUUGGAUUUUAUGACAAGAAAUCUGUAAAUACCAUUACAUCCUUUUGUGGAACUCUUCAUGUCUCCUUCAUCACUCCCAGCUUCCCAACAGAUGGAACACAUCCAUUUGUCAUUCAAAUGAGACCUGACCUCAAAGGAGCUCUUCUUAGUUUGAUUGAAUACUACCAGUGGGACAAAUUUGCAUAUCUUUAUGACAGUGAUAGAGGCUUAUCAACAUUGCAAGCUGUCCUGGAUUCUGCUGCUGAAAAGAAAUGGCAAGUGACUGCUAUCAAUGUAGGGAAUAUUAACAAUGACAGGAAAGAUGAAACCUACCGGUCGCUGUUUCAAGAUCUAGAGGUAAAAAAGGAAAGGCGCGUAAUCCUCGACUGUGAGCGAGACAAAGUCAACGACAUUGUAGACCAAGUUAUUACCAUUGGAAAACAUGUUAAAGGGUACCAUUACAUCAUUGCAAAUCUGGGAUUUACUGAUGGAGAUUUAUCCAAAAUUCAAUUUGGUGGAGCAAAUGUCUCAGGAUUUCAGAUUGUUGACUAUGAAGAUUCCCUAGUGUCCAAAUUUGUACAGAGAUGGUCAACACUGGAGGAAAAGGAAUAUCCUGGAGCUCACACAAGUACAAUUAAGUAUACGUCUGCUCUGACUUAUGAUGCUGUCCAGGUGAUGACUGAAGCUUUCCGCAAUCUGCGUAAGCAAAGGAUUGAAAUCUCCAGAAGAGGAAAUGCUGGAGACUGCCUUGCAAACCCUGCUGUGCCCUGGGGACAAGGAGUAGAGAUAGAAAGGGCACUAAAACAGGUUCAAGUGGAAGGUCUUUCAGGAAAUAUAAAGUUUGAUCAGAAUGGAAAAAGAAUAAAUUAUACAAUUAACAUCAUGGAACUCAAAACUAAUGGGCCUCGGAAGAUUGGAUAUUGGAGUGAAAUGGACAAAAUGGUGGUGACACUUACUGAAAUCCCUUCAGGGAAUGACACUUCGGGACUAGAGAAUAAGACUGUUGUUGUCACCACAAUCUUGGAAUCACCAUACGUCAUGAUGAAGAAAAAUCAUGAAAUGCUAGAAGGCAAUGAGCGAUAUGAAGGCUAUUGUGUGGACUUGGCUGCAGAGAUUGCCAAACACUGUGGAUUCAAAUACAAGUUAACAAUUGUUGGGGAUGGCAAGUAUGGGGCCAGGGAUGCAGACACAAAAAUUUGGAAUGGAAUGGUUGGAGAGCUUGUAUAUGGGAAAGCUGAUAUUGCAAUUGCUCCAUUAACUAUUACAUUAGUGAGAGAAGAGGUGAUUGACUUUUCCAAGCCCUUUAUGAGCCUCGGGAUCUCAAUAAUGAUCAAGAAGCCUCAGAAGUCCAAACCAGGAGUGUUUUCAUUUCUCGAUCCCCUAGCCUAUGAAAUCUGGAUGUGCAUUGUCUUUGCCUACAUUGGGGUCAGUGUAGUUUUAUUCCUGGUCAGCAGAUUCAGCCCGUACGAGUGGCACACUGAGGAGUUUGAAGAUGGACGAGAAACACAAAGUAACGAGUCAACUAAUGAAUUUGGGAUAUUUAAUAGUCUCUGGUUUUCCCUGGGUGCCUUUAUGCAGCAAGGAUGCGAUAUUUCGCCAAGAUCCCUGUCUGGGCGCAUUGUUGGAGGUGUAUGGUGGUUCUUUACCCUCAUCAUAAUCUCAUCCUACACGGCUAAUUUAGCUGCCUUCCUGACGGUAGAGAGGAUGGUAUCUCCCAUUGAAAGUGCUGAGGAUCUUUCUAAGCAAACAGAAAUUGCUUAUGGAACAUUAGAUUCUGGCUCCACAAAAGAAUUUUUUAGGAGAUCUAAAAUUGCAGUGUUUGAUAAAAUGUGGACGUAUAUGAGAAGUGCCGAGCCUUCUGUAUUUGUGAGGACUACAGCAGAAGGAGUAGCUCGGGUACGGAAGUCGAAAGGAAAGUACGCUUAUUUGCUGGAGUCCACCAUGAACGAGUACAUCGAGCAAAGAAAACCCUGUGACACCAUGAAAGUUGGUGGGAACUUGGAUUCCAAAGGCUAUGGCAUCGCAACACCUAAAGGAUCCUCAUUAAGAAAUGCGGUUAACCUCGCAGUACUAAAACUGAAUGAACAAGGCCUGUUGGACAAAUUGAAAAACAAAUGGUGGUACGACAAAGGAGAGUGCGGCAGCGGGGGAGGUGAUUCCAAGGUCAGCCCCAGGGAGAAAAGUGAUGGAACCCCAGUAAAUCUUGCAGUAUUGAAACUCAGUGAGCAAGGCGUCUUAGACAAGCUGAAAAACAAAUGGUGGUACGAUAAAGGGGAGUGUGGAGCCAAGGACUCUGGAAGUAAGGAAAAGACCAGUGCCCUCAGCUUGAGCAACGUUGCUGGAGUAUUCUACAUUCUUGUCGGGGGACUUGGUUUAGCCAUGCUGGUGGCUUUGAUUGAGUUCUGUUACAAGUCAAGAGCAGAGGCGAAACGAAUGAAGAUGACCUUGAGUGAUGCCAUGAGGAACAAGGCGAGGCUGUCAAUUACAGGAAGUACUGGAGAAAAUGGACGUGUUAUGACUCCAGAGUUUCCCAAAGCAGUGCAUGCUGUCCCUUACGUGAGUCCUGGCAUGGGAAUGAAUGUCAGUGUGACUGAUCUCUCGUGAUUGAUAAGAACCUUUUGAGUGCCUUACACAAUGGUUUUCUUGUGCGUUUAUUGUCAAAGUGGUGAGAGGCAUCCAGUAUCUUGAAGACUUUUCUUUCAGCCAAGAAUUCUUAUACUUGUGGAAUUCAUCUUGGAAUUGUUAACAAAUGAAUGCUUAGUAAAAUACAGAGCACUGUUUCCUACACGAAUUCAAGAUGACUCUUGAUGGACAUGCACAGCUAAAAUGGAAGUACUGUAAUCUAACUGAUGUCGUUGUACAGGCAACAAACCAGUUUCUGCAGCCACUGUUGUUUGUCUCUUGGUUCAUAAUGACUUAAGCACACUUGACAUCAACUGCAUCAAGAUGUGACAUGUUUUUCUAAGGAAAAAAAAAAAACAUUUAAAAUUAAAAAAAAAUAUUUUUAGGUAUUUUCAAAACUGGCUUUUAAAUAAAUUUGCUUCCAUACUGGUCGGAUUUGACAAAAAUAAAAAUCAAACUGUGGGGGCGGGGGUAGAAGAGAUGAAGAAGGUAUCAGUUCCGUAUUUUUCAAAGCCAAAUAUGUAAAUGCUGAGGAGAGGAAACAAAUUUAAGAAGUUCAAAUCUUGUAAUUUAAUAUUGUUAUUAAAACUUUACUGUAUAUCCUAUUCUUUAACAUUUGGUGUUAAAAUCAAAUUACUUGGCAAUGCUUGACAUUUGAAAUAAACUUUUUCUAUUGUUUUAUUUGCAAAUGGUUCAAUUGAUUUUGCUAGCUACAGUUUGGUCCUAGGUGAGAUCAUAUUAAAGGACACUCUCAAGGUUGUUUGUCCUCCUCUACAUAAACCUAUAUUUAGAAAGUCUAGCUUAUUCUUCAAACAUGAAUUGUCUGAUUUGGAUACUUUUAAGGAAAAAAAUACAUACAGUUAAUACUGUAUGAAAAUGUGUGAAACACCAAGUAUUUACAAUAGACUAAUUUGAAAACUUAUCCAAAUAUGUAAUUUUAAAAUUCUAUAGAUUUUCAUAAGACAAAAAUGACAUAAAGUCUAAAAUACCUUGAAAGUAUCUGUUUUGGAGUCAUUCCCACAAUUGCCUAAAUCCUUUAAAUAAGAUCUGAUUCUAUAUUUUUUUUGAAAUUUAGAGGCUUUCAUAAACUUAUGAAAUUUUUUAUGUUAAAGUUAACAUGAAAUGUGUUUUCAUUUCAUUGACGGCAUCAACAAACAAGUCCUAUGACAAUGGAAUUUAUUCUUUCUUUUAGGUGCAAAAGCAAUCUAAGCAUUCCCAUUGUGGCUAAUAUACCACAUUUCUGAAACUCUUUGAAGAAAGACCUUUUUGCCAUUGAAAAAGUACUAUGUGGCCCCUUAAAACAAUCCUUCUUUAUGUUUUUUUUUAAAAAAUAAAAUCUCAGAUAUGAUUUAUAUAUUUAAAUUACUAUUCAUUUUUGAAUAUCUACCUGUUUUUUAAAAAAUUAUCAUUCUUAUUUCUGUUAAGCAUUAAUAGAGCACUUGUCUUUUUUUGCCAAGUGUUUUUAUGAUUCAAAUCUAUUAUAAUUCAUGAAAGGGAAGGGGAGGAAAACUGCUUAGAUUGAAAAAAUAACAAACUAAGCUCUUAUAUUACAGAUGGUAGCCUAUAGUGCUCCCAUCUUCUUCAUUAAGCUUAGAUGUCUCUGAACAACAUAUUCUGAGAUAAUCCAUGAAAUUUUAAUGUAUUACUACUCCUCAUCUGGGAUGUGGGAGGUGCAUUUUUAAGUUCAAUUAAUCACCAAUGCUAGAAUGACCAAAUUGCAGGCUAAAUGUAACCCUAUGGUACUCAAAAUUGGAUUUUAAAAACUAAAAAAGAGAUGAUUGUAUGCAGCAGAAAGCUAUUUAUUGUAGCUCUGGGCCAACUCUUCUGAAAAUUGUAACAACAAAUCUCUUUGUCAAGCUUGAACUAAUGUAUAUAAUUGAAAUAAUGUAAAGUUAUAUUUUCAUGUUUUUAUAGUCACAACAUGACAAGAAUACACAAUGUAAGAGUAUUUCAGUUAUGGAUAAUGUCGAUUGGAUAAUGCACAUCACAGUAACAAGCAGUAAUCAUAGUUUAAUAUCCAUGUAAAGGUGCAUCAAUAUAUUGCUGUAUAAACUACGUCUGUGUGCAUUUAGGUGAAAAGUAAUCUUGAGUGAUGACAGCUGUCUAAAGGUUUUUUAUUCAUUUUAUAUAAAAAAUGUUAUCAAAAGACCAAAAUGUUUAUGAACUGUUCUUAUGUAAAUUUCCAAUGAUCCUUUAUUGUACCAUUUUGUUUACAGUAUAGUAUCUUAUUUCUGCUGUGUUAAGUGGGUGUCAGAUUCAAAAUAGACAUGCACUUUCUACAACUUCUCACAGAGAUGUUGGUAUCCCUAAUUUUUCAUGUGUACCUCUAUGUCAGAAAAUGCUUUUGAUUUUAUUUUUAAAUCUAACACCUGAUGGCUUUUCUGGAGUGUUGUACAAAACUUCAAUCAUACAUAAACAUGUUCUUAAAAAAAAAGGCAAAA